AUGUUGAGAAAAUUAGCUUGUAAUGCUACAAAUAGUGGAGCAAUAGAUGAUGAAGGAAAUGUAUUUGUCUGGGGAGCAGGAAAAUAUGGAUUGCUUGGCAAUCCAAAACAAAAGAAUCCAAUAUCAAAGCCCAUUAAACUUCAGCUUAAAUCGGAAAAACUCAUCCUGGACUACAGCAGUGAUUAGACUUUCGUUGCAACAUCCUUAUCUUUUGGUUAAUAUCAUGCUGCUCUUGUGGUAAAUGAUAUCAAUACAAAUUCAGACUAUAACCCAUUACUUUAUGCCGAAAGUAUUCUAAAUGAAUUCAAGGCAUAUUUAAUGAAGACUUGGGACAAUAUAGUUAAGAAAUAACCAGAGCAUUCUGCUGAUGUUUAUGCAACAGAAGAGCAUAUUGUCGAAAAUACAUUGAAGCAUUCAUUUAGUAAGCAGCUUUAAACCUUUCCUUAUAUAAGCACAAUCUCCCUGAAAGAGUUAAUGGUUAAGGCUAAACUAUCAUUCAAGGAUACUGUGAGUUACAAUAGACUCUUUUAGGAUCUAGCUGACCCUAAUGAUGAGGAUAAAAUCAAUUUAAAAGAACUGAGAGAUUAACUUGUCGGGAGAAGAUGUGGAAAUGGUAUUGUCUUCACUUGGGGUAUAGUAAAUGAUGGAAGAUUAGGCAUCUAAUUAACUGAAAAAGAGUAAGAAGCCAUAGAAGAGAGAAACCAAGAAUUAGUUCCAUUCAAGCCUUCAGUAGUCAAAUUUGAUGAAUCGGUAAUCAUUCUGAAAGUGAGUUGUGGAAAUUCAUUUACUUUGGCUUUAAGUCAAGAUGGUUAAGCUUAUUCAUGGGGGCUUGGAAACAGUGGUGGGCUAGGUUUAGGGGAGACAAACAUUAGUAUGGUACCUCAAUUAAUUAGAUAUCAAAAGAAUGGACAUUUAUUUUAAAACAUAAAAGAUAUAGCUUGUGGAUCUAAUCAUGUUUUGGCUCUUGAUUAAUAAGGAUUAGUUUAUUCUUGGGGUAAUGGUUAAGGUGGUCGAUUGGGUCAUGGAGAUGAAACAGGAGAAAAUAUACCAAAGGAGAUUAGUGAUUUAAGAGAUUAAAAAAUUUUAUUGGUUGAAGCUGGCGAAGGAAGUUCAGCAGCCAUUACUAUUAAAAAUGAACUAUAUGUAUGGGGAGUAGGACUUCAUGGGAGAUUAGGCACUGGAAAAACCAGCAAUGUAUUGAAACCAGUUUUAUUAGAAGAUUUAAGGGAUUAAAAAGUUGAAGAUAUCGCUCUUGGCUCUAAUCAUUCUUUAUGUAUCUUGAGAAAUGGAAAAGCUAUGUGCUGGGGAUCAUCCAAAGAAGGUAAAAUUGGAUUAGAAACUGCUCUUGACAGAAAUUUCACUCAACCCAAGGAGUUAGUUACUCUUGAAAAAGAGAAAAUGUAUUAAUUUGCUGUUGGACCUUUUCAUUCUCUGGGCCUAACAGAAAAUGGGCAUAUCUAUUCAUUUGGAAAUAGCAAAGACGGAAAACUAGGUUAUGAUGAGCACAAAACCUGUGUAUAAAUUCCAAGAAAAAUUACUAAUGGCCCAAUUUUUCAAAAAAAGAAUGGAUUAAAUGACAGAAAAGACAAAUAUCAAAUUUUUAGUCAAUACAAUGAUUAAAUGACAGUGAUAUCACAGCACGAUCAAAUCGGAGGUUGUGAAAUUAUUUAAGCUUCUUGUGGAUUCAACAGUUCAGUAUUCCUGCUUAAUGAUGGGCAAAUGUAUGUUUGCGGAUCAAAUAAGUAUGGGCAGCUAGGAUUCAGCAAGAGAUAAGGGAAAGAAUCUAACAAUAAAGAUGGUGGUAAUUUCGGAGGUUUUAAUCUAGGAAAUGAUGAUGAUGAUGAAGAUAAUAACUUUGGGGAUAAAGCGAGCGAUGAUAUUUUACCACCUUAAUUAAAGAAAAAAUUGGCUGAACUAUAACUAUUAUAAGAUGUAGAUAAACCUACUCAGCUUAUAAUUUAUCAUGCAGUUACUGAUGAAGGAGCUACUUUUGGAUGGGGUAGAAAUGAUUCAGGAUAGUUAGGAAUGGGAAGAAAAGAUGUUGCUGUUACCAGGCCUACAAGGAUUAAUGCUGCUGGAGAGAGCCAUUCUUUAUUUUUAAGUGAUUUAGGGGAAGUUUUAUGCGCAGGAUUCAAUGAAUUUGGAGAAUUAGGAAUAGGAGCUAGCUCUGCUGGUGGAAAUGAUAGAAGAGAAAAUGAGGAGGAGUAUGAUGAGUAAUAUCAAAGAUAAAUGAUUGAGACUAAAAUCGAACUCACUCCUAAAGUUAUUAAGGGGUUGGAAUCUAUCGGGUAUAUUGCUGCUGGAAAAAAUCAUUCAAUAGCUAUAAGAACCUAUAAAAGAAAGGAGAAAGAAAUGAGAAUGUAUACUUGGGGUUGUGGAUGGCACGGUUAAACUGGUCAUGGAACUUGGCAUAAUGAUUAUGUUCCUAAAAUAGUCAAGGUUCCAGUCUUAAAGGAUACUAAAUUCAUUCAAGCAGCUUGUGGUUCAAAGCAUACAAUAGCUCUAGAUACUUAGGGACAUGUUUGGUUUUUUGGAUAUAAACCAUCUGUUGGAAUCGAGGAUUUUAAUGAGGAGAAGUAAUUUAUGCCUGCUAGAUUAGAGUUACCAUCUAAAAUUUAAGAGCCAAUUAAAUAUAUUGCUGCUGGUGAGGAACAUAACUUAGCUGUGAGCUAUUAAGGCAAUGUUUAUGGAUUUGGGAGAAAUUCGCAUUCAAAGAUAAAUUCAAAUGCUAAAGAGUAUCUAUAUUUUGAAUAAAUAGAGUAAGAUGAAAAAGCUGUUAUUUCUGCAUGCGGAGCUAACCACUCAGUUAUAGUUGACAUGAGAGGUGUACCUUAUACUUGGGGAUUCGUUGGCAAUGGCAGAUGUGGACUAAAACUAGAAAAAGACGAGGCAUAAUAGCAUGAGGAAGAUUUAAGUGCUCCUACAGUUAUAUAUUCACUGAAGAUGAUGUUUCAAAAAGAAUUGGCUAAAAUAAGAGAACUGUUAGAUGAUCAUGGGAAAAAAGGGAAAGAUUAGGAUAAAAUGAAUUAAUAAAGCAAAAUAAGAUUCCCCAUCUAGAAAAUUUUAAAAGAAUCUUAGUAAUCUUUAGAUGAAGAUAAUCUGAUAAACUAGGAUAGGAAUAUCUUGAUAAAGUUCAAUAAACUAGUAGAAGAAUUCCAUCAAAUUAUUGAAUCCUAAAAUAACAAAAUGCUGACAUCAUUUUAUAAUGCCUAAAAUGCCUUAAUAUCCAGAAUUUAUACAUUCCCUUCGAGAAUAGAUUUACUUACAGAUAUUAAAGCUGAACUUCCAAAAGCAAUCAUAAGGAAUAAGCAAAUUUAUGAGGCUAUAUUCACUCUACUUUAAAUUCAUCCAUGCUAUAUUAUAAACUGGGUAACUAAGACUACUGUAAAUAGAUAGCCGAAAGAGGUUAUAUCUAUUCUAAAGAUAAUAUUUGGAGAUAAAGAAAUUCGAAAUGAUACCAGAAUACUACAUACUUUGAUGAUGAUUGCCAAAAAAGUAUUUCAAUACGAAAUGGAGACAUAUGAUCUAAAGGAAAUAUUAUGGGGUAGAACUGAUUCAACCUUUAGUCAGUUAUUUAACUUGAUUUUUGAGAAUUAAGACCAAAAUAAUGCAUUUGUUAAUCAUCUAAUAGCAUCAAUCCUCCAUAAGCUAUAAAAGUUUUUCAAAUAAAAGGUUUAAGAGCAUAAUAAUAUAUCCUCACCUAAAAAGAUAGGCAAGGGCUAACAGUAAUACUAAUUUGAUUAUGAAUCUGUAAUCCAAGGUAAUCAUUAACUCUUAUUUAUCAAAAUUAAAUUAGAUUAUACCAAAGCCAGAUUAAGAAUCAAGUUUCUAAUAGAUUUUAUGAAGAUUACCUUAAAUAAAAUGUUGAAAGCUUUAGAUCCUUAAUUUAAGCAGAAAACAGGAGGAAAUCUCAGCAUUGAAAUUAUAAGUUUGGUUUACACUAUUAAAGAAGAAAUCAAUAAUAAAAGAGGCAAUGAUAUCACUUAAGAAGAGAUUGACUCAUAUGUUUUAAAUUUAGUCUUUGAGAUCCUAUUCAGAAAACUGAAUGAACUUAAUGAGCAGAAGAUUAAGGACUAUUAUUGGAAUCUGAUUCCAUUAAAGAAGAAUUAGGAUCAUGAACCAGAUCCUGAGAUCUUUAGUUUUGGUGAAAAGCGUAAUCUUAUCACAGUACUGUCAGAUCAUAUUGAGAAAUACAUUAGAAAAAUCAAAAUUCACUAUACCAAUGAUCCAGUAGAGGAUUUAAAAGAUUUUAUAGCUAACAAUAAGUAGAAUUUCAGAAGAGAACUAAGUGAUCUGUUGAAUAUUUAGCCGCUCAAUUUUCAAUAUCUCUUAGUCAAAGAUCUGUUUAUUAACUCUAUGGAUUUUAAAAAUGGAAAUCUCUGCAUUUCAAUAAGUGAUUUGAUUUUCAUUUUCAACAAUCUAGUAGAAAAAGGGGAUAUCAUAUAUAUCACUAAUCAUGAAGAAGACCCAGUGGCUAUGUUAGUUGGAGAAUUAGGAAACAACAUAAUAGAAGUGAAGUAAAAUGAAAGAUAGUUUAUAUCUGAGGAAAUGCUUGAGUAAAAAAUAAAUCUUGAAAUUAGACAUAGACUUCUGAUUGAAUAUAAUACAUAUACAAAAUGCUAUGAGUGUAAUGCUCCUGUAUAUGCUGAUUUGAUUCCUUAUAAAAGAUUUAGAGAUGGAACAUAGGGAAAGACUUGGCUGUGCUAGAAUAAUGAUUGUAGAGAAAAGAAUGAUCCAAAUCAAAUGAAAUGCUCAAGAUGCCAUAGAUAUAGAGAUACCUAAAGUAUGCCAAAGGAUCAAAUAUUUACCAGAUAUAGACAAGUUUUUAGUGACCCUGCAGUGAGUAUUUUCCAACUCAUCCUUAUCUACAUGCCGAUUAUUGAUAAUCAUUAAAACUUGGAUGAUAUUAUAAACUAUGAAAUGCAGGUAGAAGAAACCAGAAAAAAUGCUGACUAUGAUAAACUGUAGGUAAUCGAAAGAUUUAAGAAAAAUAAGGCUAACUAUAUGUUCCUUAACAAAAAGAAAAACGUAAAUUUUGAAGAUCCUCUAGAGGAAAUAGCUGCGGAAAGAGAAGUGGAAAAUGAGUUUCUUAAUAUCAUGGAAAGAUAAUUGGAUGAGAGUUAUCAGAACAAAAAGUAGCAUGAGAAAAAAAUCUAGGAGUAUUAACUUUUGCUUAAAGAAAUUUAAGACAAGUUAAGCAACUACUAUCAAUAGAAUACUCAAGUGAAUGAAGAAUUCAAGCUUAUCAUAGAAAAUGCAUAUACCGGUUUAGGCUCUGAUUUCCUAAAAGGGGAGAAAUAAGAUAUCUUUGCUGGAAAACUUCAUCUAAAAGGAAAUAAAAAGUAAAUUCAAAUUCCAGGAGCAAGCUCCAAGAAUAAAUAACAACUUUAAGCAAAUCCUUAACUUGAAAAUUUUUUCGUUGACUUGGAAAAAUAAGCGAACCAAACAAAUGCAGUACUGCAGACUAACUAUUAGGAAAUAUUGCAAAACAAAGAGAUUUAUAAGUAGAACUUUGGAUUCUUCGGAAAGUAUCCACUGUAUCAACUUAGACAGAGAAAAGUGUUAAACAACAUUCAAAUUCAUGGUAAAAAGCUGUAAACUGUUAUGAAAAAAUGUUCGUAUGUAUUUUAUGAUGACAGCGAUAAUGGAUUCAGAGUUGAAUUAGUUUAUGAAGAGAGUGAUAAGAAAUGCUUGGUAUUCGGAAACACUUCUCAUGAGGCAAUUCUUGAGACUUUCAUCAUUGAUAAACACUCAGUAGCGGAGAUGAGAAGAACAUUUGCUACUAAAGCAACUAUAUAGUUUGGCAAUUCAGAGUUCAAUGUUUUUGAAUUAGUUUUCUUGUUGAAUGAGAUCAAAAGCAAAACUUAUUCUUAUCAGGUUUAAUAACAAGCUUAAUAGUAAAACUAAAAAGAUGGGAAAAAGAAGGUAACAGUAUCAUUUUAAGUCGCUAGUCAGGGUGCUGAAAAAAAUAACCUGAUAAUGGCAGCUGAAGAUAUCUAAGAAUCAAAUAGGAAAAAUAGAGAAAUUAAGGAGAAUAAUAGAAUUUGA